AUGAGAACCUCUCACGACGUCGAGAAGGAGACGCACGCUGCUAUGCACAAAGAGCUUGCCGAAGAGACGGUCCAUGAGGCCGCUGAGCGUGGACACCAGGCUACUGAUCAAUAUGGCAACUCGCUCAUUCAGUUUGAUCCUAAGGCCGAGGCUAAAUUGCGCACAAAGAUCGACUUCAUGAUCAUUCCUACUGCUAUGUUGCUGUAUCUCUUUUGCUUCAUUGAUCGAGCCAACAUCGGAAACGCUAAAAUCGCAGGGCUCGAGAAAUCAAUCCACUUGAAGGGCUACGACUAUAAUGCUAUUUUGUCCGUGUUCUACAUCAGUUACAUCAUCUGCGAGAUUCCAGCGAACAUGUGCUGCAAAUGGCUCGGACCUGGUUGGUUUAUUCCUGGGAUCUCUCUGGCUUUCGGGCUUUGCUCUAUUGCUACUGCUUUCGUCCAUAAUUUCAGCCAAAUGUGUGCAGUCAGAUUCGUCCUCGGUAUCUUCGAGGCUGGUAUGCUUCCUGGAAUCGCCUACUACCUCUCCCGCUGGUACAGAAGAUCCGAGCUGGCCUGGAGGCUCGGUCUUUAUGUCGUGGCGGCACCUCUCGCUGGAGCCUUUGGAGGACUACUUGCUUCUGCUAUUUUGAAGUUGGACCACUUCGCUGGACUCAAGACAUGGAGAAUGAUCUUUGCUAUCGAGGGAAUCAUCACAGUGGGCCUUGCGGUCAUCUCCUUCUUCACUCUCACCGACAGACCUGCAACUGCCAGAUGGCUUUCUCAGGAGGAGAAGGACCUGGCUAUUUCUCGUGUCAAGUCCGAGAGAGUCGGAGCCACUGAAGUGCUGGACAAGUUCGAUCGCAAGAAGAUCUUCAGAGGCAUCUUCUCUCCUGUCACAUUGGGCACUUCGAUGAUCUUCCUUCUGAACAACGUUACCGUCCAAGGUCUUGCAUUUUUCGCACCUACCAUUGUUCGCACGAUCUACCCUCACCACACGGUGAUCAGCCAGCAGCUUCACACUGUCCCUCCUUACAUUGUCGGUGGCUUCUUCUGUCUGAUGUUCCCAUACAUCAGUUGGAAGACCGAUUGCCGUCUUCCAAUUCUGAUAUGCUCAGCUCCUCUGAUUAUCAUUGGAUAUAUCAUGUUCCUAGCCACCGAAACAGCCGCCGUCCGCUACGGAGCUACCUUCAUCAUCGCCUCUGGUGCAUUUGCAUUCGGAUCUCUUUCCAACGCCCAAGUCAGCGCGAACGUCGUCUCAGACACAGCACGCAGUUCCGCCAUCGGCACCAAUGUCAUGUUUGGCAACAUCGGUGGCUUGAUCGCCACUUGGUCGUUCCUUCCCUUUGAUGGACCUAACUACCACAUUGGCAAUGGUCUCAAUCUGGCCACCGCUAGUACUGGACUGUGUCUUUGCAUCCUGCUGUUGAUCUGGAUGAAGAGGGAUAACAAGAAGAGAGAUGGCAGAGAUGUGGAUCAGGAGUUGGCUGGUACUACUCUUCUUGAGCAGCAAGAUAUGGAUUGGAAGCAUCCUAGUUGGAGAUGGAGACCUUAA